AUGAGGGUGUCCAAUGCGUUUCUUUUUCGUCGAGCAGGCGUGUUGCUGCAGCAGCUGCCGAUGCCGAUGCCGCCGACACGACCAGGUGGGAGCGUUAACAUGCAGCACUCCAUGGAGAUGGAGGCGAAGCGGCGCAUGGAGCUUGACGAAGCCACGCGAGGCCGCUUUGUCGUUGUGAAGGAGGAGGCGCGCGAACACAGCGGCCGUGUCAUUGGCAUUGAUCUCGGCACAACGAACAGCUGCAUCUCGUACAUUGACAAUGUGACCAACAAGCCUAAGAUCAUUCCCUCGCCUACUGGCUCAUGGGUCUUCCCGACGGCGGUGACGUUCGACAAGAACCACAAGAUUCGCCUCUACGGCGAGGAGGCGCGUGCAUGUGUGCGCACAAGUGCCAGUGCGACGUUGUGUAGUGGCAAACGUCUCAUUGGUAGAGGCGUCGGCGAACUCGGACGCGUGCAGUCACAGCUGCAUAAGACGAACAUGUUGACCCUCAAUGAGAAGGGUGAGGUGGGAGUGGAGAUUAUGGGCCGCACCUACACCGUUGUGCACAUCAUUGCCAUGUUUCUGCGCUACCUCAAGCACGAGGCGGAGCGUGUCCUGAAAGAGCCGGUGGACGCGGUGGUUGUGAGUGUCCCAGCGUUCUUCACGCCACAGCAAAAAGUGGCAACAGAGGAUGCGGCACUCGCAGCAGGAUUUGACGUACUUGAAGUGAUCGACGAGCCGUCUGCCGCGUGUCUGGCGCACACCGUGCUGCAACGCGGUAAAAAGGCCGAUCGGCAAGAGGAACAGGCACCGAAGCAGAAGCGCAUCAUUCGCUCACUGGUGUUUGACCUUGGUGGCGGCACGCUUGACUGCGCGGUGAUGGAGCACGACCAGCACAAAGGCACCUUCACACUCGUCGCCACUCACGGCGACCCGCUUCUGGGCGGCAACGACUGGGACGCAGUGCUGUCGCAGCACUUUGCCGAUCAGUUUGAGCGCAAGUGGCGUGUGCCGUUAGAGGACGCAGAGGGGAAUGUCGGACAGGGCGUGGCGACGUACCGUCAACUCCUGCUAGAGGCCGAAAAAGCAAAGAUCCACUUCACACACUCAACAGAGCCAUAUUACGGUUACAACCGCGCGUUUCACUUUUCUGAAAAGUUGCGUGAUAUCGUACCGCUGGAGGCAACGCUGACGCACGAGGAGUAUAUUGAAUUAACGCGUCCGCUUCGUGUACGCUGCAUGGAGUGUCUUGACAAACUCUUUGAGCACACUGGCGUUCGUGUCACAGAUAUUGACAAUGUGCUGCUAGUGGGCGCCAUGACACGUGAUCCGCCUAUUCGCCGUAUGCUGACGGAGUACUUUGGGCGGCCUGUAGCUCCCGAGAGUUCAUGCCCGGCCGACUACGCCGUUGCCAUCGGCGCCGCGGUGCGUGGGGCGAUGCUCCAGGGAAGGUUUGGCGAGCUGUCAGCGAACACACGCUUCAUCAGCGGCACAGUGCAGGCGAUGCGGCACGGUGGCCCGCUUUACCGCCUUUGGGGUCGCAUGAAGUCGUUGGUCUCACGGUCAGUGAACCCAAACGCGAUUGGACAGCGUUGGCGCGGCCGGGCGAAGGGUCUGAGUGACGAGGAGAUCGCCAACUACGCAAAAGAACUAGUGGAGUUCGAGGCCGCAUGUGAGCGAAGGCUGCUGUUGGAGCGGGCAGAGAAUGAUGCCAAUUUCGUCAUGCGUCGCGUGACGGCAGACGCGAACAAGCGGCAGGGAAUGCAGGAAAAGCGCGUGCGACAACUGAGUGAGCAGCUCAAAUUCUGGCAGUACAUGGUGCACAACUUUCAUGACCAUGAGGAUCAGCUGCUGCGCACCGUGAAGGAGUUGGAGCGGGCGCUGGACGAGUUGGAGGGCCGCGCAGAGGACAACACGUGGGCCCUCACAGGCGAGGGAACUGUCGACUUCGCCACAGCGAGGCCCAUCAAUUACUGCGGCGAGGGCGAUCCAGCGAGGGGCAGCGCACCACUACCACCCUCCCAGUCCACACCGCCAACAACGCCGCCGGUAGAGGCCGCGGAGGGUGCGCAGGAGGGACAGAGGGAGAAAGCAAAGGGACCGAAGAUCAUCCGUCGCCCCGCACCACUUCCAAGGGCAAGCACAGAGGCGCAACAACUUGUGGAGGCGGGCCACCCUGCCCUGCGUGGCGCCGAUGUUACGAUGACGGAGUCGACGCGCAGCGCUCUGUUUGAGGCGCAGGUGGAGGAUCGUGCGUGGCGCGAACCCCCGACGCCGCCCGGCGAGGAGGGCUCCUGGCAGGAGGUUCAGCGCGCCGUCGAGGCG